CGUCCUCAAAUUCAAAUUGAUAUACAAUUACCUUCCAAUUCCCCUCCGAACCAGACCCUCCCCUCCGUACGAACAUAUCUACACUCUACCCACCCCUCAAUAUGCCCGACAUCCGCGCGCACCCCUCCAUCGCCCUCCCGGACUCCUAUGCCUCGCUGCCAUUCACACAGAUCAAACUCUCCCACCACCCCGCGUCCUCGACCGAAGUAACCCCAAUCAUCAUACUCACCUUAUACCGCCCGAAAAACUACAAUGCAUUCACUCCUAUCAUGCGCGACGAGAUCGUCCAGGCCUAUAAAUACUUUGACGCCGACCAGCGCGUAAAGUGCAUCGUAUUCACAGGCCACGGCCGCAUGUUCUGCGCAGGCGCGGAUCUGGACGCUGGCUUUAGUAAGACGGGCAGGGCUGCAGAUCACCGGGAUGGAGGCGGCCAAACCGCGCUCGCCAUCCACCACUGCCAGAAGCCCACCAUUGGCGCCAUGCAAGGCCCCGCUGUCGGCGUCGGCGUCACCAUGACACUGCCCAUGUCCAUCCGUGUGGCGCUGAAAUCAGCGAAAAUGGGGCUUGUAUUUGCGCGCCGUGGAAUCGUCAUGGAGGCUGCAAGCUCGUUUUUCUUGCCUCGCCUAAUUGGGUAUUCGCGCGCGCUGCACCUUGUUACCACGGGUGGGGUGUAUCGUGCGGACGAUAAACUGUUUGAUGGGCUGUUUACAGAGCUGUGUGAUACGCCGGAGGAGGUACUGCAGAAGGCAUUAGGGAUUGCUGAGGAGGUGGCGAGGAACACGAGUAGUGUGAGUACGUAUCUGCAGAGGGAGAUGAUGUGGAGGGAUAUGGGGAGUGCCGAGGGACAGCAUUUGUUGGAUUCAAGGAUUCUAUAUGAUUUGUUCGGGAGCGAGGAUAAUGAUGAAGGUGUCAAGUCCUUCAUGGAGAAGAGGCAGGCGAAGUAUCAGGGUACGAUGGAGAGUAAUGCACCUCAGGUGUAUCCGUGGUGGUCUCCAAUCGAUGUGUUCUCGAAGGCAAAGGCGACCAAACAGCUCGGCAAAGCAAAGCUAUAAGAACAGGCGUGCAACUUUCAGAUGUCAUGUAGUUUCAAAGUUCACACAAGACUCAGUCAGCGGCACAUAAGCAUGCUCAAUACAACUUUGAGUUAUGGGGCUUUUCAUUCGUGUCUAGUUACUCCAUGUUCAAUAUAGAAGUACUGGCAACAGCCCCAAUAUGCCACAAAUGCCUUGCACCACUUUUC